GAGCUGCACUGAGGAGCACCAAACUGGUCUCCUUGCUGCAGACUUACCUGACAGGAGUUUUGAAGCCAACAGUAAACAUGUGUGACAAACUGGACAUGUCUGAAGUGGAACGAUUUGACAGAUCAAAACUGAAGAAAACCAUUACUGAAGAAAAAAAUACACUUCCAUCGAAGGAAACUAUCCAGCAGGAGAAAGAUGAUAUUAAAAGAUCAUAAAAUGAAGACAUCCUUUCAAGACCUACUCCAACCUUGCCUGAUAGUAAUGGUUUUAUGAUUGUAGAGAUUUUAGGUAGUGACUGAUGUAGUCUCACUUCUACUGCCUUGGAUGAAAGGUCACCAUUUGUCAAUGAUCAUUAAAUUUGGUUGUAAACUGCC